AUGGACUACUACCAGCAGGUCCCAGCACCAAAAGUCAAUCAAGUCCCUCCAAUUCAACCACAAGAACUGAGUUUUUAUUUAGACGAGCUCAGCAAAGUUUCAGAUAGAGAUUCCUUUAAUGCUUUGAUGAGAAAAUUCGAUGAAACCUUCCUUCAUCGUUUUAAACAGACUAAUCCUCAAGCUGAAGGAGUUUUUCCAUUUGGAGGGAAUUCAAAUCCUUAUAAUUUAAACAACCCUGGAAUCUCAAAUCCAUACACUAUGAAUCCUAUAUAUCCCUCUAAUGGUAAUCCCCGAUCAUCUUCAUUGGAAAGACCUCCCAGCUUUAUUUAUUCUGGGCAGCAAGGAAAUCUUCAGCCAAGGGCAAAUCUUGAUAUGCAAGAUCAGGUAUAUAAGCAGCCAAUGUACGAAAGAGGUGGAUACUUUCCUGAGCCUUUAGAUGGAGCUUUAAGAGGAAGAGAGAGGAUUCCUAUCAAUAUAGGCCAGCCAUAUAACGCAAUGAAUCAAAAUCCAGCUAUGAAUACUCCUCAGCCUCAGCCUUUAUACGACUCUCAGAGUUAUAGCCAACUUCCCUCUACAUAUACAGCUCAACCUCAACUUUUUUCACACCCUCAAGGCUAUUCAAAUCAAGGGCAGUUAUACAUUCCAAAUCAACCGAACUACCCUCCAUAUAACCCUCAGCCUUUUCCAUCAGCUUCUCCUGACAGAAUCAUGACACCAAAUCAGCCUUAUCCUCAAUAUAGACAGGAUUUUGGAAUGAGCUCGCUAAAUAUUAAAAACCCUAUCCAGGAGUCAAUUGACCUUAGAAAAAUGAAAGAAGAUGCUCUCAACAAGUACCAUCACAUAAAUGUGCCUCAGACUUCUCAGCUGACACCUAGUAGCCAAGACCAAGGGGUGUUUGGAACACUUCCUGGGCCAAGAUAUCGGGAAACAAAUACAAGAAGUGAAUAUCAAGGCUACAAAAGCAGCGAAGCACCUCGAACAAACUAUCAGGGAAGCUUAUCUUAUACAUCUAAUGCAAAUGAAAGGCCUUCAUAUUUGUCAAGUACUACAUAUAACCAACCACCAAAUCCAAGCCCAAAAUCUUCUUCAUUUGUAUCAGGCUUAUUGGGCUCAAAAAAUACUCAGCAGUCUGGAUAUUUUAAAUAA